CAUUCGGUUUUUUGAGGUUAGAAUUUUUUUAAGUAAAAAGAAAUGAAUAGAUCACUUCAAGUCGUGCCGUGGUUCAACAAGAAAGAAUGGUGUGAAGUGUAUGAACAUCUUUUUUCAACCGAGUCCACAAUUCUGCUAAAAAAGAGAGCUAUUGAUGUUCUUCACGUUUGGAAAGCGAGAUGCCCAUUUGUACCUUCAGGCAUUGAAUCAACAUUAUGUUUGCUCGAAGUUCAUAUCCAAGAUGAAGAAGGCAUUUGUUACGAAAAUAGCGACCAGCUGCUUCGGCUAGCAUACGCUACUGCUCUAAUGCGUUUUGUUAAUCACAUGUUGGAUAAGGAGACUGCAAAAGGCACCGGUCUAUACAAAGCUGCAAAAAAUCUAGGAGUACCAGAUUGGAUUGUAGAUCUACGUCAUGAUACAGCUCACAAUAACAAACUACCUUCUAUUGACCUACUCAGAGAGGCGUGUGUGGUAAGCUUAGAUUGGCUCAAAGUUAAUUAUUGGGACAAACACAAAGACGCCAUCAGUGACUAUGUAGCAGACCCAAAAGCAUCGAAGGUGCCGAGUGAUGAAAACAAAAUUGUGCCCCUCCUUAAUUUUUGCACUUCUCUCAGUAUCCUCUCGCAUUCUAGUUGUAUGGUUAAGAAUGUAGCACAGAUACGGGAUUCAUCUAUGAGGGAAUCAUUAAUUAAUGAUGCAAUAGAACUCUUUGGAAAUGAUCUCGACUUCUCCAAUCCAAAAAAAGUUUCAAUCGCAGGUCUCAGUAACUCGAUGUAUUCAAAAGCAAAACAGCUGCUAAACAAUGAGUCUGCUCUUUAUGUAAACAAGACCCUGCUCUCUGAAGAUUCCUUGUUUUUGUCUUUAGAAGUUUAUAAAGUAUUUCAGACUUCAAGUAACAAGAAAAACCAACAAUUGAGUAACAAUUACCUGCAAUGUUUUGAGGGAUUGAUUAACUUUCUUCAUACUCAUGAUCUUCUACAAGACUUCAUAUUACAGUUAAUUGAUAUAACUUGCCAAGACAAAAAUGGCUCCAGAUGUAAACUGGCUGCACAGUGGGUGGCAGUUAUAUUGGAAGCUCUGCUAAAGUGUCAAUCUUUCUUGAUCAAACUAAAAAACAAAUCCAGCAAUGUUAUAUCAAAGGAUGAGGAUGAAUUGAAAUCUUUUUAUUAUCAUUGGUAUCCAAGUGAAAAGAACAAAUGCUUACUUAUUAACUUAAGUAAACCAAUACCCAAAAAUCUUACAAAUAUUAAUUUUAUCCAACCAAUAGUUUCAACAUACAAUCCAUAUUUGACAUAUUUUGUCAACCCUCUUCUUGGCUUAGUAAGGCCACAAAUUCCUUCAGAAAUAUCAGAAAAAAUUUGUAAUUUAGCAACUCUGAUUGCUUUUCCUGGACGAUUUUCAGUAGUUUCCUCAAAAAUUUAUACGGCAGAAGAUAUAAAAAACAAUUCUGAUAAUUGCAGCAAUAAUUUUAGUGAUAAUGCUAAUGCAAUGGACGUAGAUGAAAUAAGUAAAUUUCAUGAGGAUAGCAUAUGGCAGCUUGCACCUCAAGACUGUGAUUGGACAACUUGCCCAAUAGGUUUGUUGCCCUGGCAAUAUCAAGGUACUGGUUCAGAGGAGAAAUUAUAAAUAUAUCAAUAAUAAACAUUUGAAUACACA